AAGUUGGGGCUUCUCGGUUCCUAGACAAGGCUAUCACCUAGUCUCCCCGAAGGCUCAAACCGAGCCAUUCUUGCCAACUAGCAACAAUUCAUCCCCCAGUUAUAGAACAAGGGGACUUCUUGCUAGGUUAUUUCUAACUAUCCUUGCUUACAAAGUGGAAGAAACUGGUAAGCAGGGAGUAGAAGUAAAUGCUAAAAACACUAGUCAGAUUUGUAGUGAAUGUGAUAAGCAAAGAGAGCAAAAACUCCAAUUAAGUCAAAGGAAGUUCACUUGUUCUUUUUGCCCUUAUUCAGACAAUCGAGAUAUAAAUGCUGCUCGUAAUAUAUUGAAACGAGCAGAAUGGGUCGGUUCGACCCUUCAAGGAGCAGUCUCAUUAGAGGCUGUGUAG